GUAUUAACAUGAAACUCUAAGUCGUGAAUUUAACUUCAUAUAAGAGUGAGACACAAAGUGAAAAUAGCAUAAUGGAAGAAGUAAUGGAAAUAGUGAAAAAACAGAGUUCACCGGAAGUUUCAAUUUCAACUCCUCCACUUCAAAUUAAUAAUCAGAUACAUUCUCCUAAUUUAAUGAGCUUUCCCAAAAGCCCGUUUGGUUCUCGUUUUAUGAAUACUCCUUUAGCUAGCCCCAUGAAGAAAGCCAUUGAAAACAUUAUUGAAGAAGUUGGUCACUUCACCAAGUUUGACCCACAAGAUGAUUGGCUUCCAAUCACUGCAUGUAGGAAGGGAAACGCUUAUUAUGCUGCGUUUCAUGUGCUUAAUUCUGGAAUUGGAUUUCAAGCACUUGUUCUUCCCUUGGCCUUUACUAGUCUUGGCUGGACUUGGGGGAUAUUAUGUCUAUGUGUAGCUUUCAUAUGGCAGCUAUACACGUUAUGGUUACUGAUUCAGCUUCAUGAAUCGGAUUCAGGGCCACGUCAUAGCAGAUACCUCCAACUUGCUAUGGAAGCAUUUGGAGAAAAGCUAGGAAAAUUACUGGUACUCUUCCCCGUCCAGUAUUUAUCUGGUGGGACAUGUGUGACAUUGAUUAUGAUUGGAGGUGGCACAAUGAAGAUAUUAUUUCAGAUUAUGUGUGGAGAAGCAUCCAGCUUAUACCAACUCAAAACCAUAGAGUGGUAUUUAGUAUUUACUGUGGCUGCCAUUUUGCUUGCUCAGCUUCCAAACCUAAAUUCAAUCGCAGGUGUUUCUCUUAUAGGAGCUAUCACAGCUGUUAGUUAUUGUUCUAUGAUAUGGAUUGUUUCCGUAUUCCAAGGUAGGCUUGCUAAUAUAUCCUAUGAGCCAUCAAUGGGACAAUCACAAGCCACAAGGAUUUUUAGCGUGUUGAAUGCACUUGGUAUCAUUGCCUUAGCUUUUAGAGGUCACAACCUUGUGCUAGAAAUUCAGGGGACCAUAUGUUCCGAUUCUAAGAAUCCAUCACGUUUGGCCAUGUGGAAAGGUGUUAAGUUUGCUUAUCUAGUCAUUGCCUUUUGUUUGUUCCCCAUAGCCAUUGGAGGCUAUUGGGCCUAUGGGAAUUUGAUACCUUCCAACGGAGGAAUGUUGAGUGCUUUGCACAAAUACCAUGAACAUGAUACAUCAAAGUUAAUCAUCGCUUUGACAAGCUUACUGGUUGUCAUCAACAGCCUCAGUUCGUUCCAAAUUUAUGCAAUGCCAAUAUUUGACAAUCUAGAAUUCAGAUACACCAGUACAAGAAACAGACCUUGCCCGAGGUGGCUACGGAUAGUCUUCAGAGGUCUCUUCGGGUGCCUCACAUUAUUUAUCGCCAUAGCGUUACCAUUCUUGCCAAGUUUGGCUGGCCUCAUUGGAGGCGUUGCUCUACCAAUAACAUUAGCUUAUCCCUGUUUCAUGUGGAUACAGAUCAAGAAACCGAAAAAGCAUAGCACAACUUGGUACCUGAACUGGACGCUCGGGGUAAUUGGGAUGAUUCUAAGUGUACUGGUUGUGACAGGAGCCAUUUGGGGAAUAGUAGCACUGGGCAUUCAGAUCCACUUCUUCAAUCCAUAGUAGUAACAUCAAUUUAUACUAUUCUCAAUACUACCCUGUAAGAUUUAAUUUUCUCUCUUGUAACCAAAAUAAAAAUCAUACCCCAGAAGUUGAUUUUCUAGCAUUUGCUUAAGCAGCACACACAUGGGAUGUUACUAGUGAGCCAUUGACCUUUAGAGAUGAAAUUGAUAGAUCAUAGAAUGCUUCACCACUCUAUUCCAAUUGCCCAUCUCAUUAGUGAAUCAUAAGACAACUUUGUGUUCAAUGUGUGGAAAUAGAACAAAGUUAAUAUGAGGAAUGUGCCAAAAAUUAAGCACCUUCUGCAUAAUAUCACACAGCUAAAACUACUUGCAUAUA